AUGCGGACAGCGAUAUGGUCAGUUGGCGACAGCGUCGGUACGUCAGUGCACACUAAAAGUGAAGCCCUCAACACCGCCACCCACACCAACCCCUGCUCUGAAGUCAGGCUCCGGGGCCACGACUACUGGUCCGGGGUGUGUCAGUUCGAGGGCUACGACUACGUGCCUGAGGGGGCGUCCGGCGUGUCGGUCAUGCAGAUUCACAACCAGGAGGGAGCCUCGCACUUGACGGUGCUGAUGUUGCACGUCUACGACGGCGUCCUGCGCUUCUACAGCGGGACGACGGUCGAGCCCGACAUCUACAAACGGUGGUUCCGCCUAAACGUGGUGCAUGACGUCCGGGCAUCCACAGUGGCCGUGUACGUCGACGGCGAGCACAAGUUCGGCACCAACGUGACCCCUAGCGAGUCCUACUACUUCAAGUUCGGGGUGUACAUGCAGCACCACGACCAGUCCAGCUGCAUGGAGUCACGGUGGAUGAACGUCACGCUCUACACUAAGCUAUGA